ACUGGUUACCAGUACCAGCAGCGGACGGUGCGCGUGCGCAUCCGAGAUCGAGGCCAGGACUGGCGGCAGAAGUCCCAGGGAGGCGAGGGCCAGCAGGGCCUCUGGCCGGGGAAAUUCCCAGACAAUGGAGGCCAUGAGUGGCAGCUAACUUGCGGGCAGCAUUUCUUUACUUCUUCCUUCUCCAAGGUCUGUCGCAAGUUUACCAGGUUGUUUCACGCAAGUGUUUUUGACAGAACAGCUGUGACACAUGAAAAUAGCGAGGGUAUCCUGCCAUGUUGCUAGUCACCUUUUGCGCUGUUCUGUCGAUUCCGCCAUGCGUGAUGCCUAAUUUAGUCUUUGUCGCUCGCGAGCUGUGCUCUGUGCGCUGCGCGCACUAACUAGUCAUACCUUUAAUCUGCCCUGUACCCACCUCAACACGAGUCUUGUCCGUUCGCCGUCAUCACCUGCGUGCUACUACUUUUGCGCUGUCGAUUUAGCUACAGUUGCUGCUGGUGUUUGGCUCGGGGUUAAAACCGCCUGACGGCGGUGCAGGACGGGAUCGCUUACCCUUCCGCUCCAUUGCAGAGAUCCUUUCUCAUUCCCAU